CAACAGUGGCACAGUUGAAGUCCCGUCAGUUUGAAUUCAGACCCGGAGCACGACGGAGCUGAACCUAGAACAAAACGGCUUGAACCAUGUUGCAGAUAGAUCUCCGAACCCUUCCUUCACAUUCAGUGUCUGCCUCAUCCCAUACUCCAUACUCGGAUGCAACCAAGACUAAGAAGCAUCCCCCGAACCAUAUAAAGCGACCCAUGAACGCGUUUAUGGUCUGGUCACAGCUACAACGACGACAUAUAAUUGCCUCAAACCCUGACGCGCAUAAUGCCGAAAUUUCUAAGAACCUUGGAAAGCAGUGGAAGCUGUUGAGUGAGAAUGAAAGAGCUCCGUUUAUUGACGAGGCCGAGAGACUACGUAUCCUGCACCAACAAGAGUACCCUGAUUACAAAUAUCGUCCCAAGAAACGCCAGAGGUCUGGAGAGGACAAGGAGAAAGAACGGAGAGAAAAAGGAGAGAGAAGUGUGGACCCAGAGAAGAAAAAAAUGAGAAUUAAAGAGGAGAAAAGUUUUGAGAGCUACUACCAGGUCCCUAGUCCUAUUAGCUCCAGGUCCUAUGGACCUACACCUAGUCCGGUCCAGUCCUAUACCAGUCCCACCAGCAGUCUUUCUUUAGUUCCCUCACCCCUUGGUUACACCAGAGAUGACUGGGCGGAGCAGAUUGGACAUACCCCUCCUGGCAAGGUGCCCUCUAGUCCAACCUUUCCCUUCAGUCCAAAUAACUAUGGUUUGGACAGUUCUCCGUCGAUCUAUGACCAAGGAUUUGUCUACCACCACUCUACGGAGCAAUGUCUCACGGAGAAUUGUCUGGACUGCGUAGAGUCCUGGGAGAACAGGAGCAUCAGAGAACAGGAGAGCAGGGACGGAUGGAUAGAUCAGGACGGAUGGGAGAGUAGGAUCGGAGCUAGGCUGGAUCAUGAGAUCAAUCCUGCGGAUUGUACUCCAGUUGAAACGGUUAAUUCUGUUAAGUUCUCCCAUAUGUACCAGGAGAUUCAAGAGUUCUACCACGAAUAUAACGUACAGGAGACUAAGGUUGAGAACUCAGAAGAUAUAUCUCUGAGAACCCUUCUCCAAGAUCCUCUUUAUACAACGCCUCCUCCUUCAAACUCCGGAGCUGUCAGAAACCUUACUCCGUACUUUGACCAGGAGGACCCGGAGCUGAUCCUACCAACCAUUAAUCAGCAUGAGUUUUCUCAAGGGUUUACCGGAGAUGUUCUGACAACCCUGCACCCGGAGCUGGAACCUUCUCUAUUCUCUGACUGUCUCGAGCUUACUUCGGACUUGAACUUUCCAGAAUGGAUGGAAAACACGUUGGCGAUAUCUCUCCAACAAUACUAAUCCUUCUCCUUGCUCUACUGUUGAACCCUGAUGCAGAACAGUUUGUACCUGGAGCAAAACCUUGUCAUUUAGUCAGAUCUUGGAAGAGAGGAGAUGGAAUCAGUCUAAACUUUCUCAACAGGGUCAAUCUUUUAUCAUUCACAGAGUUUAGAUUUCUUCCAUCCUUCUAUUCCUUUGAGGAGAAACUAUGAAACCAGGAGAAAUUUAGUUCAUUAAGUUCCAUUCGCGGAAACCAGACCCAUUUUCUUGAUAUAGAAAAAAUGCGGGAAAUUAUUCAUGAACCCGGGAAAAUUCAAUAAAAAAUCCGCCAAAAGUUAAGAAAUUAUUAUAAAAACUCAAGUUUUUCUAGAGCUUGUGAUCCUAAUAACGUGUUAAUUAUUUUGUUGAUUGUUUUUCUUCGGCAGCUAGAACUUCAUUACAGAAAAUAAAUUUAGAUUUUUUCUGAA